AUGAAUAAAACAAUUCGCAGCAGCACUCGUGAAGUGAUAUACAAAGUGUUUAUGCGAUGUUUAGACGAAUUCAAAGCCGGUAGAUUGCUUACGCAGAUGGAACAUGUUUAUAAACGAACAGCGGAUCUGACGGGUAAAUCCGAGAGUACAGUGCGACGAAUAGUUUCGGAAGGAUCCAAAACUAAAGGAAUAUUUAAUACUCCUGCUAAACAUAGAAAGGGACGACCAAGAAAAGAAUUAGACGAUUUUGACCAGUGUGCAAUCCGACAAAAAGUGCAUUAUUUCUAUAGUGUAAAAAAAGAAGUCCCUACACUUAAUAAAAUACUAGCCAUGGUAAGAGAAGACCUUGGUUUCAAUGGAAGUCGAGCCCAUUUACACAAAAUUUUAAAAUCUAUUGGUUUUAAAUACAAAAAAUGUAAAUCAAACAGAAAAGCUUUAAUUGAAAAUACUAAUAUUUGUAUUAAAAGGGAAAAAUAUUUAAAAGUUAUUAUGGACAACCGUAACUUACCCGAAGACUUGCAAAAAGAAAUUAUAUAUGUAGAUGAAAGUUAUAUUCACUCAUCAUACAAAUUAAAAAAAUGUUGGCAAUCUAUUGAAACCGAAGGAGUUAUUCAAGAUAUUUCAAAAGGGAAAAGAUGGAUUCUCAUCAAUGCAGGAAGUGAAAAGGGGUUUGUACCGAACUCUCUUCUAAUUUUUAGUGGAAAUAACAAACAGGAAGACUAUCAUUCAGAAAUGAAUAGAACAAACUUUAGUAAGUGGGUAACCAAAAAGCUCAUUCCAAAUCUUGAAUAUCCUUCUAUUAUUGUAAUGGACAAUGCCCCAUAUCACUCGAUUGUGAAAAAUAAGGCUCCCACAACAUCCAGCACGAUUGCCGAAAUUAAAUUAUGGCUCGAAGAGAAUAAUAUUCAUUUUGAUCCGACCCUACGAAAACCCAUGCUUUAUGAUUUGGUGAAAAAAAAUAAACCAGAACCAGUUUAUGAAAUUGACGAGUUACUGAGCGAGCAUGGACAUACAGUAGUAAGGCUGCCACCCUAUCACUGCGACCUGAAUCCAAUUGAACUUAUAUGGUCUUUGGCAAAAAGAAAAGUGGCAGCACAAAAUGUUGGAUCCAGAGAUAUAAAACAAUUAACUGAAGAGGCCUUUGCUUCUAUAACUUCAGCAGAUUGGAAAUCAUGUUGUGACCAUGUCAAAAAAAUUGAAAUGGAGUACAUUGAAAGAGGCCCAACGCUGUAUCAAAAUAUAGAAAAAUUAAUUAUAAGAGUUGGUGAGGAUACCAGCAGCAGUAGCAGUGAGUCUGAACCAGAAUCAGAAGGUUCUUGUCUGCCUAGUACUUCUCGCCAAGAUUCUCCUGGGGCAAUAGAUGACAACAUGUCUGGUGUCGAAUAUUUAGAUUUUGAUAUGUUGGACGAC